AUCAAAAGUCUCUCGUCACAUCCCAUAUAUACUUAGAGCACCUCCAAUGGAGGGUCUUAGCUUAGAGCCAAGAACAUGAAGCAAACUUUGUGCCUCGCAGUGUGUGUUCUCUUCCUCAUUUUAUCAACAAGCUCGUCUGCAAUUCGAAGAGGAAAAGAAGAUCCAGAUAUAAAUCCAAUAGUUUCAGCUACACCAGUGGAAGAGGACUCAGUUAAUAAAUUGAUGGGAAUGGAAUAUUGUGGAGAAGGAGAUGAAGAAUGUUUGAAGAGAAGGAUGAUGACGGAAUCUCACUUAGACUACAUUUACACACAGCACCAUAAGCAUUGACAUUAAUUGUUAACAUUUUAAUUAGUUUGCAUACAUAUAUGUAUGUGUAUGUUUUGUGUUAAUGUUACUUAGCUAUAUAUGUAUUGUAUAUGAGUCCUAUGUGACAAAACAGCUCCAAGAAACCAAAAUUUUUGUU